UCAAAAUUACUCUGAGAAAAAAAAACACGCUCCAACCCGUAGUUAUGCAAACUAUUCCACGGUAGUGAUUCGGUUCCGUUUUGCUGUGUUUCGGGCGGCCAUGCAAUCGAGGAUGGUGCUGUGGUGCACGGUCCGCAAACUUUGCGUGCCGGGUGGUAUCGUAUCGGCUGGACUGUUCCCAUUUAUCGAAAACAAUCAUGAUCAGAUUAAAAUCGACACCAAAACCGUACAGAGCAUGUACGAGGAGGCGCCCGGUGAUAAACAAACCGGCAUGGAGCGGAUACAAAUGAUGUUUUCGAUUGAUGAAUUCGGACGUGUUUCGAGCGAACUAAACUCCAUCUAUCAGGCCGGCUUUCUUGGCUUUCUGUUCGGCGCUUGCUACGGUGGGUUCGUUAAUUCACGCGUCGCGUACAUGAACUUUCUCGAGCGUAACCAGGCAACGGCGUUUCAGUCGAGCUUCGAGGCGAAGAAAAAACUGCAGGACCAGGUGACGCUUAACUUUGCCAAGGGUGCAUUUCGAUGGGGUUGGCGUUUGGCGCUCUUUACCACCAGCUACGUUGGCAUUCAGACGAUGGUUUCGGUGUACCGUGGAAAGUCCUCGCUGUACGAGUACAUGGCUGCCGGGAGCAUCACCGGUGCAAUGUACAAAUUUAGCAUGGGCCUUCGCGGGAUGGCUUCCGGUGGGCUGGUAGGGCUGGUGCUCGGUGGGCUAGCCGGUGGCCUAUCGCUGGGCAUAAUGCGUGCGACCGGUACCACGAUGGAGGAGGUACGAUUCUGGCAGUACAAAUGGCACACGAACCGUGAACAGGUCAUACGCGAAUCGAUUAAAACGCAAGCCGAUGUGGAGGAGGAACCGCUGCUGAAGCAUCACCACAGCAAGUUUGGCACCGCCAACAUCGAUCUCGAGGCGAUCGAAGCGGAAAAGCGAAAAAUUCAGCUAGCGGUCGAGCGGGAAACGCUCAUGAAGAAGCUGGAACAGGAAGAACAGGCGGAAGCGAAGGCGGAAGUGAAGGCGGAAGUGAAGGCGAAAUAGAAGGGGGGAAAAUAGUAAAAAGCUACCAGCGUACGUGUUUUCUUUCUUCAUGUAAUGUAAAGAAAAACACCACUUGUUUUUUGGGAUGAGAGGAGAUAGUACAGAAGAAAUAUCAGAAGUAGAAGUUUAUUUUCAAACGGAAAGAAGAUACACGCACUCACGCAACAACAAAACAAAAAGAUAUUACCUUCUCGUCUCCAAAUAAGGGCGCAAACGACAGUGGUGCCAGGGAAGGAUGACGUGUUGUGUGAUGUGUUUGUGUAAGGCGAAACAACAGAAGGUACGCCGGCCUACAAAGAAAAGCUCCCUUUUUCCCGGAGGGGGGAAAGAUGUUUCCUUCCUUACAGCAGCUAACUUAUUGUCUUCAUGUCGGGCAAGGAUUUGGAUUUCAUUAGCUUCUUUUUGGCUUGCUGCUGCUCGUGCUUAAGGCGUAGCUGAAGCAAAACGGCCGCACCGCACCCAUCUGUGGUUGGGGGAAGGAGAAGGGUGAAGGUUUUUGGAAGGGAAAGGAAAAAGAAAAUGGAAAACGGGAUCAUUCAAACGAGGCAAACGCUAUAGCAACGGAAAGAAAGUAGUAGUAUGUCAUGGUUUUUUUCUUUACUGCAUCCCCGGCGCAUCGAUCGAACGGUAACCACUGGCGGACAACGGUGUUAAGGUCACGCACACACACACACACACAACACGGGGUUGGGUUGAGACAAUAAACUCAACGGUUACUUUUCGGUUUUAUUAACGUACAACAUAAUAAAAUUAUUUAAAAAAAAAUCUAUCUACAUAUAGGUAAAGAUGUGUGUGUGUGUGUCUGUGUGUGUUUGGAUGUAUGGAUGUGUGGAUGUGUUUUUGUAACUCUCUAUUGCGGUUGAAACAUUUUAAAACGCAAAUCCAGAUGAACGGAUGUACGCACAAUGAAAGGGAUACAGCACAACACACACACACACACACACCUACACUACACUACUACCGAAAUUAAAAUGAAACGAAAAUUUAACAUAAAAACAAAAGCCGCGCUUUGCUUUACUUCUUUUCUUCUAACGACGACGAGCCUAACGAUGAUGAAAAGGUGGGUUAAGUUGGGGCGAAGGGGUGGAGGGGAACGAGAAUGAAAUGGGUUGAGAAGCGCAUCCAAGGCGUAUGAAGGGAUGAAUGAAUGAGCCCCGUAUGUAGGAGAAGCACCACGAAGAUCUGUUGUGUUCAGGGGGUUCAAACUAAAAUUGAUAUUGCUUCGUAUUCUCCAUUUGAGCAUGUGUGUAUGUAGAUGAUGGGUGUAUGUUGAGUAGUGAUGGGUGGGUCGACCCGAACCUACCAGGUCGGAGCCAUCAGCAAGCGACCCGGAAUCGUGCGGGCAGUUUUCCAUGUUCCAAUGAGUUCGGGUCGACCCGUGGGUGCAGCGAGUUCGGUCUAAUCCAUGGAUCGUCCCGGAAUCGCUACGAGUCGACCCGAAUCCGUUGCACUCACGAUGAUCCGUGAAAAGAGUCGUAUGACUCAUGUAUAGUGAGAAGGAAAAUUGUUAUAAAGCCUUCCAAAAGAAAUGCAUUCUGACAAAGUGAAAAGCUGUCCGAUCAGCUCACGCGCUCCACCGACGACUACACGCCUUUUCCCCAUUAAAAAGGAAACUUGUGUCAGAAUGAAUCCUGCUGGAAAAGCUGUGUCGUGUUAAUGCGGUAUCCGAUCACACGGACCGGGACAGCUCUUAUCACUCCCCGCCCGUAAUUCCUUUACCAUACUGGGUAAAAUGUUCCAAUGACUCACCCUGAGGACUCGCCGAAAAAAAAUGAGUGUCUGAACGUUGGUCGAUGGUUCGAUUUGCUUUACCCUGCUUCCGAAUUGAUUCGUUACGCUUGCCGAUAUUAAUUCUACCACGCAGCCUAAUGCUGGCCGGCCGGUACUGUACACCAUUCAUUCAGCAUUAUUAAAAAAUCUCUCAGUCACACCACUAUAUCACACGAUAUCUCUCUCUCUCUCUCUCUGUUUUAACGACCGGGUUUUGUUAGCUCGUCUCACGUCACCCUACCUACCCACUAUCACGCAAUUCGUACUUGCUUUCCAUUAGAGUCCAUAGGUGCCCUUACUACAUAUUACUGACAACCACAUAUACACAUCAUUAAACAUUAUCAAACAAGGCAAAAAUUAAAACAAAAAAGGGGAAAGGAACAGGAGCUAGCAAAAAAAAACAAAAAAAAAA